AUGAGGGCCGUCCUCCUAGGUCGGCUCUGUCUAAGGCGUGGCUUUACACAUCUACCGCGACAUGCAUUUACACAAUCAUGGCGAGUACCCGCCAAGCGCAUUCCCAGAAGGGCACCGGCGCCGGUGAUCGGCGGGCUGGUGAUGGCUGCGCUCGCGCCCAGCGCAUUUCUCAAGCUUGCGGAGGACUCGGAUGGCGAUGACAAGACGGGUGAGAUGCAGAUGCUGGAGGCUUCGCGGGAGGAGAUUCGGAAGACGGUCUCGAAAGAUGCGAGGGGUCUUACAAGGCUUUGUCAGUCGCUCCGCGUCUUCUGGUAUUACUAUGUCUAUGAUCCCAUUGCGACUGGGUUUCGGUUCCUUCAUCUGGCUGUUAUCUUCAUACCUGUUCUUGUCACUGUGCCGGUUAUUUGGAUUGGGAGAAGAAUUGACGGAGGUAGUAAUGCGCAGACUGGCACGAUAUGGUGGUAUCGGUUCUUGGUGAAUGCCAUGGAGCGCGCGGGUCCGGCGUUUAUCAAGCUCGGACAAUGGGCCGCUUCCCGUACCGAUAUCUUUCCACCGGAGAUGUGCAACAUCAUGUCCUCACUCCACUCAAAUGCCCCCGCCCACUCACUCGAGGAUACGAAACGCAUCAUCCGAAAGGCUUUCAACGGUAUGCCAUUCGAAGACAUAUUUGAAGAAUUCCACGAGGAACCCCUCGGUGUUGGUGCCAUUGCCCAAGUGUACAAGGCCAAACUCAAGCCAAGCUUGGCCACCAGCAACCAAGAAUUGGGACUCCAGCCCAUCACAUUAGGAGAGAAGGUGCGAAAGAACAUGGACGUUCUGGUCAAGAGCUCACCACAAAGAGUACCAUCGUCAUACGUCGCGAUCAAAGUUCUGCAUCCCAAGGUUGAGAAGAUGAUCCAUCGCGACUUGCGAAUCAUGGGCUUCUUCGCCUCUCUGAUCAAUGCCAUUCCAACCAUGCAUUGGCUUUCUUUCCCCGAUGAGGUCCAACAAUUCGGUGAAAUGAUGAAGCUCCAGCUGGACAUGCGCAUUGAAGCGACCAAUCUUGUCAUCUUCCGCGAGAAAUUCAAGACUCGCACACCAGCCUGGUUCCCGUAUCCAUACAUGGAGUAUACGACUCGGGAGGUGUUGAUCGAGGAAUUCGCCCAGGGUAUCCCGCUAGCGACGUUCUUGGAUAUUGGUGGAGGUAUCUUCCAACAUGAGAUUGCCAAUGAAGGACUGGAUGCGUUUUUGCACAUGCUUCUGAUUGAUAACUUUGUGCACGCCGAUCUGCAUCCAGGGAAUAUCAUGGUUCGCUUCUACAAGCCCAGUGAACUUGACCUUUCUCUUCGAAAGCACUCGCGCGCCACCGAGGCUCCGACUCGCGCAGAAGUAGACGUGACAGAGGCAGUUCUGGCGCGCUUACGUCCGCAUAUGGGCAACAAAGCUGAUUGGGAAUUUGCGCUCGCCAAACUCAACGAUGAGGGUUAUCGUCCACAAUUGAUCUUCAUCGAUACGGGCCUUGUCACUCAGCUCAAUGAUCACAAUCGACGGAAUUUCUUGGAUCUUUUCCGGGCUAUUGCCGAGUUUGAUGGAUACCGGGCUGGGCAUUUGAUGGUUGAGCGGUGUCGCACACCAGAAGAAGUCAUCGAACCCGAAAUCUUCGCAUUAAAAAUGCAGCAUUUGGUUCUAAGCAUCAAAUCUCGUACAUUUGCCCUCGGCAAUAUCAAGAUCGGUGACGUGCUCAGCGAAGUCCUAACAAUGGUCCGUGGCCACCACGUCCGGUUUGAAGGAGACUUUGUAAACGUCGUCAUUUCUUGUCUCCUUCUUGAAGGUAUUGGCCGAAGCCUGAAUCCUAAUCUAGAUCUGUUCCAGAGUGCCCUUCCUAUUCUCCGACAACUUGGUACUGGCCAAACCUUCUUGCAGACAGUGCGUUCGGGCGAUACUUCGAUGCUUCGGGUCUGGGUUGGCUUGGAAGCUCGUGGGUUGCUGCAGGCCAGCAUUGAAAGCGUGGAACGGUGUGUCAAGUAUGAUUUGUUGUCGCCGAAUAUUUGAGGAUAGACCAUUUCUUGGUUUUUUGUAUUAUAGACUCUUUUUUACACAUGAGAAUUCAAUGACAUGAG